AGAGAGAGAGACCAGACAUGGCGGCUUUUAGACUACCAGUAAUCUUUCUUGUGUUGUGCUUGACUGUCAGAGUCAGUGGAAGUUGCACUGACCCAAAUCACUGCAAAAAUGGAGGAACUUGUGAAGCAGAUGUUUGCAAAUGUGCGCCUGGCUACGCGGGAGCAACCUGUGACACUCAGGGCGUGUGUUCUGUUGGUGGGAACGAAUGCAUCAACGGAGGAACAUGUGUUACAAGCCCCACCCCAACCACCUGUACCUGUGUGGAGGGUUACACAGGAGUCACCUGUGAAACUGAUAUCGAUGAAUGUGUUGACGCUCACGACUGCGAUACGAAUGCUGCAUGUACAAAUACGCCCCCAGGUUCCUACACCUGCACGUGUAAUGACGGUUUUGCUGGAACUGGAACAACUUGCACCGAGGGCGUGUGUUCUGAUGGUGGGAACGAAUGCAUCAACGGAGGAACAUGUGUUACAAGCCCCACCCCCACCACCUGUACCUGUGCGGGGGGUUACACAGGACAUACAUGUCAGAACGAUGGAGAUACAGUGAAGAUUUCCACAUUCUUGAUGCUGCUGACUGUUCUCACAUUCUUCGUCAUCCUGUGAAACGAUCAUUCUCACACUGACUGCCAAAUCAUGUUUGAAACUGCGUUCUUGUUUGACAUGUUAAUGUAAACAAAUAAGGGAACAUUUAUUAAGCGAAUCACGAGAAUUAUUCGGCCCUAAUUUGAGCAAAGAUAAAUUUAAAUUUUACUCUUUGAACAGUUUGUUGAUAUUAGAAGAUAAGAAGUUAACAAAGGAAACAUUAUUCAGCUAUAUUUUUAAUUAGUUAAUUUUGUUCAUUGGUAUACCCUUAAUAUAUUUUGCUUGUAUUCAAUACAGUAGAUGUAUUGGUUUAGUGUGUACCUUUUUUAAUAGUGUGUUAUGUGUGCUUUUAAGUAGAAUUUAUAUCAAGUGAUUCAAAAGAAAUUAUCAUUGAUUCUGUAUUGAUCGUUAUCGUCUCACUGUAGUUAAAAAGACAAAAUUCCUCUCGUUAGUCGUUUCGGCCCCUGAUAACAUGUUACUGAUGACGUGGACCUCUCUCCCAGUGACCACUGACACAGAGUUAAUGUUAUCUACUUUUUACUUACAGUGAUACAACAAUUCAUGUUAAAACUAAUAGUUAUAUGUUUUUUAGUAAUAUUUGUACUUUAUUUGAAAUAAACAUCACCA